AUGGCUGUAUUAUCAGCGUUAGAGUUUGUAUCUCGAUGCAUCAGCAAAUUCACGAAAUCACGAUCAAGAACCCGAAACCAUUUGGUAAUACCGAUACAUGUACCAAAAUUAAACGAGAAUGUUCUCUACGAAAUUUUCAAACACUUAGAAACCGACUAUAAGUCUCUCCUUUCUUGCGUUUUAGUAUGUCGUUUUUGGUGUCAAAGUGCAUUACCUUUAUAUUGGGCGGAUCCGUUUCAACAUUUAAACCAUAAAUUGAUAGUAUCAUCUUACAUACGAUGCUUGGAUUCUGGUGAAAGAACUGUAUUAUUUAAUAAUGAGGUAGGAAGUGCACGAUAUAACUAUGCAAAUUACUUGAAGAGUUUAAGGAUGGGAACUCUUUAUACUGCUGUCGAGAAGUGGGUUGAAUACGAUGAAGUUCGUCGAUCCCGUCGACAAUGUCGUAAACAACAACAAUUACAAAAAAAACGACGACAGAAUUUUACUUUCGAAAAUUCACAUCCGCGAAUUCUCAACAUUUGUCAUUCGCUAUGUCGUCUUUUUUUGAGCAAUAAUGCCAAUAUCCUCGACCUUUCACUUGAUUGGGGUGACAUAGACUUUUGGCAAAAUUAUCCUUCGGAAUUAUACUUUCAAAACGAAUCCACUUCUCUCGUGAAUCUAAAUGGCCUCUCAAUACAUUACAUCUACGACUGGCCAAUCUUUAAACAUUUAGCAAAGUCAGCAGUAAACAUUGAAAAUCUUGAAAUCCUUGGGUAUUCAUUAUUCCCUGCACCGAAACAAUCGGACGAAAACGAUUUAGGCUUAUUAAUCUCAAAUCAAAGGCGAUUGAAAACAUUCAAACUAUUCGGAUAUGGAACCACGCCAUCGAAUACCAUUUCCGCAAUAGCUAGCCAAAAAAAUUCUCUUUCUUCGGUGGAGAUUAUUUAUGUACAUUUCAGUGGUACUUCUACAGUUCAGGGUCCUUCGUUAGAAGGAUUGGCCGCUUGUCGAAAUCUACGAGAAAUAAUUAUAAAAUAUUGCACUUUUGCGAAUGAUGGUCAAUUGAAACCCCUCGCGUCAGCGAGAUUUCCGUACCUUCAAAAACUUCACUUUGUUGAGUCAACUUAUGGGUGGGAUGAAACCAUGGUUGCUUUAAUUAGAAACAAUUAUCAAAAUCUCGACGAAGUGUUCUUCAAACCAUCAACUGAUGGUCUCUCAAUACUCAAGGGUAAACCCUAUUCCACAGAAAUUGUCGAAGUAGUCGAGCAAUUAUGUCCUGCUUUAAAAACUCUGGGUAUACCAAUCGGCUGGAAUGAAUUACGUCACCUAAAAAAUAUUCUCAAUAAUCCUAAAUGUCAACUACGUAAUCUCAGCUUAUUCCCCACCUCUCCAUACACUGGCGUUCAGAUCAUGGAGGAAUGGCCUGCCUUUGGUCCGUUAAUGCCAACCACUCUACGCCAUCUGAACGUAUGCAUAAAGAUGAAUGAUGAAUACAUGAAAAAAUUUUUGGAAUCAAUUCGCGCACCUUUGGAAACGUUGUGGUUUGACGCGUGGUUGUACGUUACCGGUUCUAUUUGCUUAAUUGUCUACGAUUUCAUAAAAAGAAGGGAUCGUGUGACUGAUCUUGGGUUAAAGCAGAGCGUGCGUGAAUUUUUGAAAUACGUCGUUUGA